GAUGAUUUUGUUCAAUUAUUAUGUCAUGAGUUUGCUAUGAAAGAUUUGGGUCUGUUGCACCAUUUUUUAGGCAUUGAAGUCACACACACUGCUGAUGGUUUACACUUAAACCAGGUUCAUUAUGCUCUGACUUUACUGGACAGGUUUGGCAUGCUUGAUAGUAAGCCCAUGACGACUCCAUUAGAGCUUAAGCCACCUGUCACCAAGGCUGCUGCUUCUGUUGAUGCAACACUCUACAGAAGUAUUGUUGGUGCCUUGCAAUACUUGACACUAACCCGACCAGAUAUUGCGUUUGCUGUCAACUUUGUUUCUCAAUUUAUGCAGGAUCCCACAGUUGUUCACAUGAAGUUUCUGCAUCGAAUUAUGCGUUAUGUGAAGGGCACGUUAACACAUGGCUUGUAUUUUACUUCUCACUCAACCAUGGAACUUCACGGAUUUGCCAAUGCUGAUUGGGCUGGUUGUCCAGUCACGCGUCGUUCAACUACAGGCUACUGCACCUUUUUGGGCAGCAACUUGAUUUCGUGGUGUGCCAAGAAACAACACACGGUUUCCCGAUCCAGUACUGAGGCUGAGUAUCGGGCCAUGGCGCACACCGCUGCAGAAUUGACUUGGCUUACUUAUAUGCUCAAAGACUUUGCCAUUCCUCUCACAAGUCCCUCAGUAUUGUUUUGUGAUAAUCUUAGUGCUCUCUACCUUACAGUAAAUCCUGUUUUUCAUGCCAGAAGUAAACACAUCGAGUUGGACUACCACUUCGUCAGAGAACGUGUAGCACAAGGAAAUUUAGUAACCAAGCAUGUCCAAUUCACAAAUCUGCCCUUGCAUUAUUCCACAGCAAACUUCACCUCGGCCCUCGGCCAAGUUUGAGGGGGGAUGUUAGCAUACCACAACUGGUAUAAGGUGUUACAGUGUGGUCCAAUAUUUCAAUUCAACCCGUUGAAGAAAAUACAGGAGAUAUAAGGUGGUUGAGGAGUAAUAAGGCUGUUUUUGUAUUUUCCACUUCCCAACUGAAUAUAUUUGGUUCUAGA